AUGUCUUCCUCCCCCACUGUUUUCUUUCCUUCCCCCAUCGGGGGCGUUCCUUUCACUAUCGACUUGGCCCCCUCCGUAUUAUUCGCUCUCCUCUAUGCCGCGCUGGCGCCCCUCGUUAUCUAUCGCGUGGCGUCUGCUAAGUCCCGCACCAUAAUCCUGGCCGGGACCUUCAUUUUCAGCUUACAACGCAUUGCGGACAUGGCACUCCGAGCGCAGGAAGCUCAUGUGCCCAGUGACCGCACGUCGAAUAGUAACAUCAAGUACCUGCAGACGACGUACGCGACCGGGUUUAUUGGGAUGGGCCACGGGCUCCUGGAAAUGCUCCGCUGUUUGCUCAUGAGUGCUACAAAGGGGACACCACCCUCAGAGACCUCCGCCACCUGCCCUAAUGACAUCGAAUUGCAGCGGCCCCCGAUCGGCGAGUCCACCAAUACCAGCCCCAGCAAAAUGGGCAGCAAGGACAACGUGGGGGUCGUUUAUACCCCCGUAGAUUCCAUGCGUAGCAGGUCUUUCAGCUUCACACCUAUUCCAGCGACUACUGCGCUCUUCCCGCCUACCCGCGAAGACCAGCCCGGCCGGCGCAAACGGAUCCAAACCAUUGCCUCCCUCACGCUCAUCCCAUUCGGCAUAUCGAUCCUUAUGGCCAUCAUUGCGGGAAACAACUACUACAAGUCGUUCACGUCCGCUUCGGAGGGGCACACGGUUGGCCUUGUCAGGGCUGCGAGCACCAGUCUUGCCCUGAUCCUGUUCCAGGCAACAAAUAUCACCGCGUUCACCUGUAUGGUGACGGAUCGGCGCGUCUCUCGGGGCCGCGCGCUCUACAUAUGCGCACUCACCUGCCUUCUUUCUGUUGUAGGCGUGUACCGGCUCGUUGUAAUGCGCUGCACGACGGACGCGUUGGAAUCGGCCGCGCCUUGUUCGCUGAACAGCACUGCGGCCAAGGCAGCGUUCUACGUGUUUCAUAUGGCGCCCGAGUACCUCACUGCGGUGGCGAUCUGGGGUGUCAACAUACGGGCGACGUUCCAGACUGGGACGUGGGGUAAGGUAUAA